AUGCAGAAUCUAUCGAUAUCAUGCGCGCUGGUAUGCCUGAUAGUGCUCGGCAGCGCAGCACUGGUGGGCGCAUUCGGUGUCUGUAAGCACCAGAUCAGCGCUGUGCUCGUAACCGGGGUCAUGUACUUAUUAGCUGGUCUAUUCGCUAUGUUCACGCUUAUGAUAAUCCACUUUAAGCGGAUGCAGCGCGUCUCCACUCGCAGUAGUCCACACGGGGACGAUACAGCUGACGGCGUAGUCGGUCCUCGUGCACCAGCAUUACCACUCCUUUCAGCUAGAGAGUUUACCACAUCGUGGUCGCUUGAACUGGGUUGGGGGGGCGUAGCGUUAGCUACCACAACAUCACUUCUUUGGAUACUGUUAUCCAAAAUAAUGAGAUACAACCCUAUAUCUGCUAUGCUGUUAUAG